AUGCAGUCAGCAGAGCUUCCCCUCUUAAGUCUCAACACACUCUGUAGACAGAUCGCUACAGGUCUCGUUAUGAUGGGAGCUCUAAAGCACCACAGGCUUCCUACCCAGUGUGGUAUUUGUGCCCAGACUAUUGAGGACGGAGAUGAUAUCGUGCCCUUGUUGGGAAGUGAUCUGGAUCCUGAAAUUGCCCGCUGUUUAGACAGAACAACAAUCGUGAACCUUCACGCCAGUGGUGAUAAGUUUUCAGAAGGCAAUGUCACCGAAAUCACCAUUGGCGAGAAGGUUCUCUGCUGGUCGGCUAACUGCUUCCGAUGCAAAGCUGGCUCCGAGGUCGUGGGCUUACACACUCUCUGUCUUGCAAUCUUCCAGAAAAACUGCAACAUUUACCGAGCUCUCGAUCGACUGUGGACCACAGUAGGUCAGUCAAACACUUGGAAAGGCGCUCCAAUUCUUCGACUUGAUCGCCAACCCACGCUUGCGGUCGACCUUGUCCGUGAGAAGGCAGAGGUCUGUGGUAUACCCUUGUUGGGCGAGCUACCAGCAGAGCUCAUCCACUCCAUUCACAGUUAUAGCAAACAUGCAAAAUUCUGGCAUUGUAUCGCAGCUCUUAACCUGGCUGGAGAGAUAUCCCAACUACAAGCAGACAUAAAUCCCCCAAUCACCGAUGUGCCUUUGCGCGAAGUUCUGGCAUGGACACGGGGAGGCUCUUCCGUCGAACUCUCCAACGAAUGCCCACCGUACGCACUACUUACCCUCGAUACUCGAGGUAUUUGCAAGAUCGACAAACUCCAAGAGAGACCGCCAUAUCAGCCACGUCGGUCGGACAAGCAGGCAUUUGUCGUGCUACAUGAGGAUGAGUUUCAGAAUGUUACAGUAACAUCAAAGUUCAACGUCUUACGACUACAGUGUCCAAAAAACACACGAGGUUUCCAGAUCUGGGAUACCCCUAGCCCUCCUCCUCUGGAGAACUGCGAAAUCCACGGUCGUGUGUCAUCGUCAUUGCAGCUCAAAACCGUCCACCUGCGUGGUGUGUCGGGCCUCACUUUCUUCUUCGCUUUCAGUAAGCUUUAUGCCGUGCAUGCACAUACCCCAGCAAGUCCGUAUGCAACUUCAACCUUCGAACGUUUUCCUCGUAGAAGGCGGCAGAUUGGUCUUAGCUGGGCAUACCUGCCGAUGCCCCCAGGAGAGGAGAUCUACUCCAUAGUCAUAAGACUGAAGAUCACUCCAAAUGGACAAGCAUCUACAUUGCAGAAACCUUGGUUUCUGAUUCGGACGAAACUGGCUGGCGACAUCUCCAUCGGCAUGUUUCAUUUGGGGGAGUACAAGGAUAUCAUUCUUAGCCAAUCGAGCCCCGAAGUGUUCAUAUAUAGUGCGGCCGAUGUUGGUCCAGCAACGAUAUUUGGAACAUAUCCCCGAGAAGAGCAGAAGCGCGAAGUAUCCCCUCCGUUCCCUGACCCUUGGUCCAACCCCCCAGCAACUAUUCCUCACGUCCAUUGUUACUCGGCGCCUUUACGAAAUGUAAACUGCAUGCACGUCCUAGAAGAUGAUGGGGGCAAAUGUAACGGGCUUCUGUUAGACUAUAACGAUGGGGCUCAGAGGGCGCUAGGAAACUGCCGACUCGGUGUAGAUCGAAUGGUGAAAUAUUUGAAGCCGUCGCGGUUCUGUCAGAUGGGCGGCCCUCUGGGAAGUCCACGUUUGCCCAUCUCUUAUGUCGAAGCUGGUAAUGAUGACGAACACGAGCAUGAGUUGCAAGGCUGGACCUGCAGUCCAUUCAAGGGCGUUGUAGAGUUUUGGUUCUCGAAGGAUCUCUCUAUUAUUCGGAUUGUGGAGUAG